AUGUCGGUCGUGGUCGGAACCAACGACGUCAAGCCGGACUUCGACCUCCCCGCAUUCCUCGCGCGCCAUCCCCCAGCCAGGGCCCUCGAGAUCGCCCGCGCGGUGAUCGCCGGGCUCAAGGGCGGAGGGGUCGUCAGAUUCGCAUGCACCGGGUACUGCUACGGGGGCCGGACGGCCUUCGACCUCGCGAUCGCGAACGACGUCUCCGUCGUCGCCGCGUCCCACCCCUCGCUGCUGAAGUGCCCGGACGAUAUCCUGUCUCUCUCGGAGCUCGAGCAAGUAUGCUCGUGGAUAUACACCGAUGAAUCUGACCGGGACGCCACGCAGCGCGCCGUAGACAGAGUACUGCCUCUCCCCCAUGCAUUGGAGUCGGCGCACGCGCUGCUGUGCGCAAUCCUCCAAGACGGCACCGCGGCGCCCUCAUCCUCGUACCUCUCCCUCCGGAUGAGCUACGCGUCCGCGAUCAUCCGCCUCGUCAACGGCCUCGUCGACCCCCUCCAGCUCGGGGCGUACGCCCGCUCGAUCCACAGCAUUGCGCAGCAACUCGGACUGCCCGCGUGGCUUGUCGAGCUCCGCCACGCCGCGACGCACGAAGACCUGCCCAGCCUCGAGCUCCUCCGGGACGCCGCACGCGAGGCGAUGGCAUGGCUCCUGCACAACUACUUCCUCCCCACCCUCAACCCCGCACCGCCGUCAUCCGCACCCUCCGCACCCCUCCGCCCGGUCGGCCCGUUGCUCAAGCAAUACAAAACGCUGCUGAAGUCUGUGACCCGCGACGCGACGCUGCACGCACAGCUGCGCGCCCCGAUCGAGCAAGCGACGCGCGCCGUCGAGCGCUGGCUCGCCGAGGCGAAGCUCGCCGCGCCGUCCGCCUCCAGCGCGUGGGACGACGGAGAGGACGACGGGGACGGAGAUGCAGAGGACGCGCGCGAGCGGUGGGCGCUCGAGCGGCUCGCGGACGCCCUCGUUGAGAAAGGCACGCUCGUCCCGCUUUCGAAACAAAAGCGGAUCCGCGGGGCCCAGCUCGCGCCCCCGCCGGCCUCCGUCGCGAUCUGGGCCCCGCUCCUCGUCCGCCUGCAGUCCUGCACCCGUCGCUCGCGCUCCGCCUGGCCGCCACCAUCGCCGCCCAUCUGCGCGGACACCGUGGCGCUCGCGGACGAGCCGGACUCCGAGAGGCCGCGCGCGGACCCGUCCUACGACCUCUGCCUCGCUGGCUGGGCCAAGUGGCUUGCAGACACGGGCGCGGGUGCGGCGGGCGCAGAGGUUCGGGAGGCCAUCGUCGUGCGCCUCGUGAGCGCGCUGGGCCCGGGCCAGACGGGGGGCUCUAAAGCGUCGGCCGCGCUCUUGCACGCGCUGAGCGCCGAGCGGCCGCGGCUCGCCGCUGCGCUCUCCGUGCUCGCGCAGGACGGCGGCGCCGCGCCGACGGCCGUGGACGUCGACGACGGGUCCGCGCUCGCCGAGAUGGACGCCCGCCUGAACGCCCUCCUCGGGAUCCACAACGAAACGACCACACCCGACGCCGACACCGACGCCGUGCCAGCCUCCGCCUCCGCAGAAGCCGGCGCGGAUGCCGCGUCGCGGACGCUGCCUGCGGGCUGGAGACGGCUUUCCGAGCGGGACGGCUGGAGGCCGGCGCCCAUCGGGGUCUUCGUGAGCUGCUGA